GUCCUAGGCUGUGGGUCUGCUACGGCUCCGCAGCGCAGACACUGGCUUGGAGAUGUCCGCUGUGUGCGCUCCCCUGGCCGCUACAGCUCGCGCGCGGCUUGUGCGAGACAAAGGAGACAGCGGAGGCAUUGCUCACUACCUGCCCCGGCCCACGAUCUGCUGCCCAAGGCCCUGGGAGACGCCCACAGAGUAAACCCAUAUAGCAUGGAGAGCACCCCCACAGGAGAAGAGACCCUCGAGGCCGGCCCGGCCGUCGUCCGGGACGACGAAGAGGUGCCCCGGGGCCGCCGCCGCCGCCGCCGCGUCAUCGUCAUAGCCGGAGGCCUCGUCCUCGGCGGCGCCGUAUACCUAACAACAACGCAAGGAGAGCAACGGCGGCGGCUGACGCCCUCGCUCAUGACGACGUCGUAUGUGCGACGCUACACCGUGGGCGGCUACGACAACAAGGCGAGCUGGCUUACCGGGGAAGAUUUAAGGACGAAGGCCGGCGUCGUGCCGAGUAUCACGUGCCAGCCCGGGCGCUACCGCCCGACGGGGGCCUCGGACAACAACUUCCAAAGACUCGUUUCACUAAGAGCGGACGGCUGCGCCGACUGUCCGCGAGGGCGGUACGGCGAUGCCGCGGGCUUGGUCAGCGAAUUCUGCAGCGCGGACUGCCCCGCGGGAAAAUACCGAGACAAACCCGGUGCAAAGUCAGAAAGUGAGUGUUUUGAGUGCCCGCCCGGUAAAUACGGCGCGACCAUGGGUUUGACCACCAAUAAAUGCACGGCGAGCUGCCCCGCCGGCAAGUUCAGCAACAAGUGGGGCGUCGCCGACGUGCAAGAAUGUCAAGACUGCGCCGAAGGUCAGCGAAUAUCCGGCAGUAGUACGUGGCGCCAGUGCGACUGGGAGAUCACGCCGCAGCGCUUCGCACGGGGCUACGUCCCGGGCACGGGCUGGCUGCACGUGCACCACUACGACCUCGACACGAACCCUGCGGCGAAGAUCAUGGCGCACCGCGGCACGCAUGAAAAUCCAGGCGUGCGCAUCGACGAAUACGAGGUCGGGAUCCGGCGGGACCACCCGGUCUGGUUCGCGCGCCAGUACGACAAGAUCUUCCCGCAUCCCAAGGGCGAAUAUGCAGGUUUGGGACCGGACGCCGACCGGGCGCCGGCCUCGGACAACCGGGUCCCGGGCCCGCUCCCGAAUUCUGCGCACAAUAUGCCUCAUAGGCCGGCGCGGCCUUUACGAAAUAUGCCCCCCGGAGACGCAACUUUGAGAUUGCCGUUCAAGUUCCCGCUGCGGAACACGGGCUACCCGCGGGACGACGACUAAAUACUCAUUGUAUUUUAAA